AUGGAGAAUCAGUCUGAGGAGGACACAGCAGACCAGAAUGAAGAGAUGUCAGAGACCAGUGAGUCCCCGGAGCCUCUGUCACUUCCUGUUGUUUCAGCAGAGAAGGCCACACCAGACUCUGACACUGAUCUAGAGACUGAAGAUCCUGGGAAGGUUUUUGCAGGCAUUGCGGGCACAGAGCUGUACCUGGAAGCAUGCAGGCUGUUGGAUGUGGUGCCUGUCUCACACUUCAUUCAGAACUUGUCCAAGUCUUAUAUAAACCUGAACCACCACGGUCUAGGACCCAAAGGUGCCAAAGCCAUUGCUAUUGCUCUGGUGUCCAAUGCAACUGUCAGCCACCUGGAGCUGGAAGAUAACUGGAUUCUGGCAGAAGGAGCUGUGUGCCUAGCACAGAUGUUACGAGAGAACUGCUGCCUUCAAGAACUGAACAUCUCCAAUAACCACCUAGACACAGAAGGAGCUGAAGCCAUUGCCAGUUUGCUUUUGGAUAAUAUGUCCUAUCUCCACACUCUUCAGCUCUCAGGAAACAACUUUGGAGUGGAGACUGCACCAUACUUUGCUGAGGCACUAACGGGCAAUUACCAAGUGAAGGAGCUGGACCUCAGCCACAAUGAGUUCUCUGAGAAGGGAGGAGAGCUUCUGGGACAGAUGCUGGCCAGCAACAAAACCCUGGAACUUCUGAAUCUGAGCUGGAACCACCUGAGUAUGAAGGGGGCAGUAGCACUGGGCACAGGUCUCAGGGGCAAUGGUACGCUGAAGGUACUUGACCUUUCUUGGAACGGCUUUGGGAACGAGGGAGCAAAGGCCCUAGGAGAAGCUCUCAAAGUCAACAACGUGCUGGUUCAACUGGACCUCAGCAGCAACCAGAUUGACAACGAGGGAGCCAGGAAGCUCUGCAAGGGCCUUGAAGUCAAUGGAAAUCUCAAAGUCCUGAAGUUGGCCAAUAAUCUCCUGACUGUGGAAGGUGCCUCUGCACUAAUCACGUCUAUCAGAAAGAACCCCAAAUCCAUGAUGGAAGAGAUCAACAUCUCAAAUAUGCCGAUGAAUGAAACUUUCAUCAAGCUGUUGGAUUUGGUGCGUCAAGCACAUCCUGGACUAGAUGUCACCUGUGGCGAGGUUAGAAGCCCUAUUUCCAAAAACCCUAAGCAGUAUCCAAAUCCUAUGAAAGUGAACCAAAACUAUUUGAAAGAGCACAAUCUACAACUCUGGGACUUUUUUAGGAAUAUUGACAAGGAUGGAAACAUAAGGAUCCCUGUGGCAGCCAUCUGGAGAGCUAUAAUGCAGAUAUCUCUCUUUUCCUUUUAGGAAUCAAAUAUCCCACUGAAUCAAGUCCAAAUUGCAGAACAAGUGCAGAAGCUAGACCGGAAUCGGACAGGCAUGGUGGACUACAGUUACUUAAAAGAGAAGAAGCUAGCACAGAAGCCUGUGGAAGGGGAAAUGGAGGAGGAGGAACAGAAAGAAGAGCCAUAA